AUGACCAGGGCUAUUUUCAUUCGCGUUCUGUUCACUUUCAUCCCCCUCCUCAUUUUCUUCCCGGACCUACUAAGCGAAAUCCCUUUUGUUUUGAACCAGCAUUGGAUGCAUAUGCGGCAGCAACAUGCUGCCUUCCACGACCCCAAGAGCGUGAUCCUCGGGUUUCCCUACCAGGUCGUUCUUUGGUUCAUUCCUGGCCUCACAGUCGCAGGGGAAGUUGGGAAGUUCUUCAUAUGGGUUGCAACCACUGUGCAGAAAUGGUACAGAGAACGGCGGGUCAAGGACAAUGUCACCGCCGGCGUGGAAGAUCCUGUUAUGCUGAGCGAGUAA